UUUAAUAAAUGUUCUAUCUUUAUACAGACAAUAUCCUGCCCUGUGACAAGCCUGGCACGAGGCCAAACCAAACCUUGGUCCGACGGCCAGCCCAUGCUGAGGAUGAAGGCAAACCCGGUAAUGCCAAGCAUCCUGAGGGGCUGUGACACUCCAGGGACGUUCCUGGUGUCGUUCCUCACGAACCCCCUGAGUCCCCUCGCAGGUGGGUAAUGGUCGGGCGGCACAUCCAGGGUUUUCGGGCCCAGCCCCCUCCUUCGCAGCAGUGAGAAGGCAGUGGGUGUCCGGGAAGCCUCAAGCCUCUGUCCCUUCCCUUCGGCGGGCGCCAGCACAUCCCCCGCACCCUUCCUGUCCCCCCGCGUCCUCGGGGCGCUGCGGGCGGGACCGGACUCUUAUCGCUUUUUCUGUCCAGUGGCUUCAGCUCUUGUGUCCACCUCCCUCCUCCCGUUCCCGUUGUAUCUCGGUGCCGGAGCUCCCUUCUUCCCCCGCACCUCCGGGGGCUCAGCCGUUCCCCUCUACCCCAACACUCCGGCGCUCUCCAGCCUUUUCCUUUCCCCCCGCGCCCCCGGGAGUCCCCAGCCCCUCGCCGCCGCCUGCCCGGGGCUCUGCCGCCUCGUCGCCCCGCGGCCCGGAGGAACCCGGCCGGCCCCGGCCUCGCCCGCUCGCGUCCCCCCAGACCCCGCUCCCCUCCCGGGACCCCGGCCCCACCCCGGGGCGGGCCCCGCCCCCGCCCUCCCUACGCCCACUCCCAUUGGCUGCGGCGGCGGGGGGCGGUCCGCUUUGUGACGUCACGAUCAGCUGUCGGAAGGUGCCGAUUUGUGCGGGGGAGCGGCGCGCGCUCGGCAGAACCGCGGGGUCCGCACCGGCACCGGCACCGAUACCGAUACCGCCCCGGCACCGGCACUACCUCAGCGCCUUCCGCCGCCCGGGACACGCAGGGCCGGCCUUUGCACUGAAGCCAAGGGAAGCACCUCACAACUGCACUGCACACUGCUCAGCUCUGAUUCCUCUGGCAGCCAAACAUCUCUGUCACUGACACCUCGAGGGCUCUUUCUCCUCUCCCUGCCCGACUCUCCUGUGUCUGUGCCUGGAAGCUGGUGCCCAGCAGUAGCUCUAUCUCCCUGUCCAUCCUGCUGGACCUCUCCCCACCAUGUUUCAGCGUCUCACCAGCCUCUUCUUCAGUGACAGCAGCACGCCAGAGGGCCUGGAGGAGCCCAAACCCUUUGUCGAGGAAGAGGAGGAGGAGGAUGGCUGGCUCAUAAUUGAUCUUGCAGGCAGCCGUGCCCGCACCGGCCCCGCCCGCCGCCCGGCUGCUGGCGGCACCGGGCGCUCGGCGCGACCCCGCCCGACGCCGCCCGGUCCGCCACCGCCACCGGCUGCUUCCCCGGUUCCGGCCGGUCCCUGCUUGAUGGACGAGAGUUGGUUUGUCACCCCUCCCCCCUGUUUUACUGCAGAGGAGCCCGGCCCCGACGGCGUGGGGAGCAGCCCCAUGGAGGACCUGCUCAUCGAGCACCCCAGCAUGUCCGUCUACGUCACCAGCACCCUCGAGGUGGAUGGGGAGGGCCCCGAGGACGCUGCUGCAGAGGACGUUCCGGAGCCGCGGCCGGAGCCGGCGCUGGCGCACCGGGGCCGGGCGCUGGCGGUGAAGGCGGCGGCGCUGGACAAGGCGGGGCAGGCGCAGCGGGCGCAGCGGGCCAAGCAGCUGGCGGAGCGGCACCGCCUGGCCCAGAAGGCGCUGCAGCGGCAGAACCGGGCCCGGCAGCGCCCGCCCCGCCGCGCCAAGCAGCUCCCAGGGGCCUUCGUCCACCAGCCCUGCCAGCGCCACUGCAACUACUGACCUCGCUCCGCCGCCCAGGGGCUCCCCCCGGCCGGCCCCGGCCCCGGCCCCGGCCCCGGGAGCGGCCCCCACGGACACCGGGGACACGGCGGCGGCUUCACUCCACAGCCCGCGCCCGCACGCCUGACCCGCUCUCCUCAUCUUCCUCCUGUACCCUCACCGCGCCCCUCACCCUCGAUGCCGUCUGGGUCACGACCCCCGGCGCCGCCGGCAUGGAGGGCCACGCUGCCCCUGCCCGGCUGCCUCGGCAGCCUUCACGCGGGAAAUCAGAAUUCCCAGUGAAAUCACCUGUUCCUGAAAUCACCUGUUCCCGGUGAAACCUGUUUGUCCUGAUAAGUCUGUGACAUCAGUGCCUUUCCUCACAUCAUGACUCCAUGUACAGCCUGGCUGGGAUGUCACAGAGACAUCGAGCGAGAGUGACAAGAGCAAUGAAGCCACAAGAUUUGGGAUUUUUAGGAAAAUCUAAUCAAUGACACUAAAUAAUGCUUCCGCCCUGCAAAACCAGCAAAUACUCCUCUCCCUCCUUGAUUUCUUAGCUACAUAUUACCAUGAUAGAUAACGCCCACUGCCAGUCCUGAAGGGGCUUGUGGUUGAAAGCGCUGGUGGAAUCUCCAUGGCUGGGUCAGCCAGGCAGCUCCUGGUGCCUCACGGUGUUGCUUUUUUUUAACAACGUUAAAGGAAAUCUCAGGAAUCAAAGCACCGUCCCAGCGCCGCACCGGAGCCCUUGGCUGCCGUGCCAGGAGGGGUGGCCAGCCUGGGGUGGCAUCACCGUGGCUGGUGGUCCCAUCCGAGCGAGCCCUUCGGUCCUGGAGCCAGUGACCUGCCCCAGCCACAGCUGCAUCCCCGGGGUACGCCUGUCUCUGUGUGCGUAUGUACUUCUCUGUGCCUGGACACGCAGAAGAGGCACUGUUAAGCCGAGGGUUGCUGUCUGCCUGCUGUUAGUCCCCAGGAGGGGAGAGGAGGCAGGAUCUGCGCUGCUUCCCUGAGGUGGCCAAAGCACGUCCGUGGUGGUGGUGAAGAGAUGCUGAAGAGGAGGCCGGAGGGAAGAGGCUGAAGUGAGGACAAAGAUGGAUCAGGGAGCCACUGCACUGGGUCAGGAUGGGGCAGGCCUGACUGAGAGGAUUGCUGUAACAGGAGCUGUGACAGAGGCAUCUUCUUUCCCCACUGAAAAUGGCAUCCUUUCCCAUGAAGGGCCAAAUUCACUGCUAGGUGAUGCUAAUUUUUAAUGCAAAUCCCUUCUCUCUCCAUGAUGGACUCCUUCUGCCUUUGGAAGAACAUGGUCCAGGCUUUUCAUUGGCUCCAGCACCAGCUGAGACAGCUUCAAAUCCAGCAGAAAUUUGCUGAUCUGUCCCCAGUUCUCUCCUUUUAGGAACUGAUUUUUUACCCUGGGAAAGCACCCUGCUCAUGGCCACAGCCUGGAUUCCCACCCUUUGAGACAAGAAGUGUCCCCACAACACUCCAGAAAAUUCUGAUUUCACCAGAGGUUCUUCCACUCACCAUGUUGCAUCCCUUAAUAUCAGCUGGAGACCUCGGCUGAAGGAAUUGUGGUGAGCCCAAACUGAGACAGCUGAUAGAUAUUAAUUCUUUUCAUGAGAUUAAAGCCAAAAUGAACCUUCUUAGUAGCAACAGCCCCUAGCUCUGGGCCAGGGAGCCUGGACCGUGGUAGCCAGCUGCUGCUGCUCCCCUGCAGCAUUUCCCCUUCACGCCGCUGCCUCGGCUUUCCCAAAAGCACAGGGCUGGGCUUUUGGGCAACUCCAGAGUGGUGCAUCCCAAGAGGUGGAAGCCCGUGCCCUCGGCAUUGUGCCGCCCUCCUCGGGCCUCUCCACAAGCUCUGUUCCUCGCCAAGCCUGAGACCACAGCGAGAUCACCCUGUUGUGAAGAGGCUGACAUCUCCUGACUCCAGGGGAGUGUUUACAUCCUUUGGCUUCCUGGGCUUCGCACUCAAUGCCUUUUUUCACCGCUGCAGUGAUGCCUGGGGUGGGUUGGGAGCAGGGCACGUGCAGGGGCAGGGGCACAGGUGCUGUGGCAGCAGGCAGGGCUGAGCCCCUGAUGUGUGCUGCCCUCCCAUCCCCGCUGGAUGCGCCGCUCUGCGGCCGCUGGGCAGCAGCGUUGGAGGAGGCAUUGUCUCUCGGGCCCCAGCACACAUCAAGAAGGGCAGAAGCCAAGCACUGUCCAGCCUUCCAGCUUGGUCUUCACUGCACAUUCUCCUGCUGCCAGUCCCUCUGGAGCACUGCAGAAGUCAGAGGCUGGCUGUGAGGCCACUGCCCCCUCAGCGGCUCCCAGAGGAACAGGCUGGGGGAGCAGUGGCCCCGAGGCAGAUCCUGCCAUGUCUCACCUGCCAGGCUCUCCUGUGCCUGCCCAACUGCUGGAGAUGGUACCCCAGGAGAAAUCCCGUAUGGAAAUCCUCCCGUGCACCCUUCUCAUCUGCUGUGAGCCAGCAGCCCUUAGCCGUGUUCCUGGGGACUUGUCUCAGCCUGGCAGUGCCACCAGCACCCAGCCCCCAGUGCCCAUUUCAAACAGGUGAUCUUCCUCUGUCCUGGUUUUCAGAAGCAAAUUCAAACUCUUUCUGUGCCAGUCUGAGAUGUCUUUCAUCACUCUGUGCCCAGCCAGCACAGGAGAUGAAGCAGAACUAUUAACACACUUUAUACCCAGAGUAUGUUUAUAACGGAUUAAUAAAUUAUUAAUGAUGUUUUCAUGAAGAGGUUAAUCCAGACCGUGAGCCUCUGGUGGGUCAUCAGAGUGCACAAACCACAGCAAAUGAGCUCCUGCAAGUCCCCUCUGUUGUUUGCACUCUUGCUGUGUAUUAACACCUAACACUCACCUGCCAACCCCUGCCAGGCACCUGUCACCCCCAGUGUGACCCCCCCGCCCCGUGCUCUGGUCAAUCUGUGCUUUGCAGAAGACCUGCAGUGCUCUGCUCCUGCCCCGCAGCAAGACCUGGCCUGGUCCCAGGCUGCCUGCCCAGUGCUGCCAGAGCAAGAAAACCCCUUUUCACUGAGGUUUUUUGUCUCCUCAGAUCUUAAAACAAAUGAAAGGUGCUUAAAAACUGAAAACUUCCUGUGUGUGCACCCAUUUGCAUGUGUAGAUAUUUCACAGCCCAGUGUGGGUGUUCUGUAGCUUGUUUUGGGGUUGAUUUUUUUUAGGGGUUUGUUGGGGUUUUUUUUGCACCCAGUAUUCGUGAUGCACUGUGUGGUACUUCCAGUGGGAAGGUUCUGGUUUGCAGGAGGCUCUUGAGCUGGUCCUGCUGGGACAGGUAGGGUGAAUUUUGCUUUGUUUUCUGUACUUGUGUAGGGGGAAACUACAGCAUGGACUCAGGGACAAACCUAUCUGCUGGGGUCUUUAAAAAUGUCUUUUUCCCAGGCUGCUCUGUUAGAAUGUGGGGUUUGGUUCUGGAAUGCUGCAGGGAUGUGGCCUGUGGCAGCACGUGGUGGUGACGGGAGCUGCAGGGUGCUCUGACACUCCUGUGUGAGAAAGAAAUUGUGGCCAUUCACGGUGGGAUCAUUCCUGGGCUGCAGCCCCUCUUCAUUUGUUCGUGACCUGAAAAUUCACCUUUACAGCCAAAUGGCUUGUGCACAACCAGGUAUGGAUUUUCAGCGCUGAGCCUCCUGGGGUUUGGGAGGUGCAGCAGGACUGUGUGUCACAGCCUGACCCACCACAUCACUGGGUCAGGGCACAGCCAGCAUGGGGAAGCCAUUGAAAUGAUCACCUGGGGAAAUGGUGAUGCAGGCAACUGAAAGAAAUUUUUGUAUUUCUUGCAAUGAAAGCAUAAAAAAGGUAAGAAUUGUCAGUGGAGAGGCCUGGGCAAAUCCCUGUUCCGUAAAUGCCAGCUGUGAUGGGCCGUGUGUCAGUGCUGGGCUCAGACAGCUGAGCUGGCUCCAGCCCCAGCUCAGGUGGGCAGCAGGGCACUGGGGCAGGCUGGACAGUGCUCUCGGCAAUGCUGGAGCUUGUGAGACCCCCUGUGGAGGGAAGAAUCUUCCCACCAUGAAGCCCCCAUGGUGCAGGGAUCUUCUCCAAGUAAGAUUUGCCUCUGCUGGCCUGGUUCUGCUCUGGCUGCCGCAUCCCAACGUGAGGGAUGAGCCCUCAGAGCGUGAUGGGACCAGGAGGGACGGCCCUGCUGGAGAAGUGCCACCUCUUGGGCUGCACCAGGGCCCCCAGUUCCCCCAGACCCCCAAGGCUGUGCUUGCUGCACUGGGCAAGCUGUGGCCAUGGCACACUCAGGACCCCUGACCAGCAGCCACAACAAAGUUCUCACAGCAAAUUCUGGCUCUUGCUUGGCACCGCAAGGCUGGAGGGAUGCCAAGGGAGUAGGGGCAAGAGUCCUCCUCAGCUGUUGCUCUGAAACUUGCACUCACAAAUGCUCCUUCUAAGAAACUGCUGCAAAAGCUUGGUCUGGAAGGAAAACAAUUCUUUCCAUGGGAGUCCAUCUUUCCUUCUCAUUGUGCAGAACAUAAAUGCAUGGCUCAUCCCAAAGAUCACUGCUGUGGGAAUCUUCUCUCUUUAGGUGUGUUUCUAAUCAAUAAUUUUACAUUUACGUCAUACUAGUACUUUUUCUUCUAUUCAGCCCUAAUGGGGAGCAAAAUACCCACUUAAAUGUCUUACCACACCAGUAAGGAAAAAAAAAAAAAAAUACUCCAGUGAGGUUCUAGGCUUGAGUCGCACAGCUUUGCAGUUGCCCCUCUGGAUCAGUAUCAAUUCCAUUGCCCUGCUUAAAGUGGAAAUUAAACUUCAUGUGAAUUUAUUGAAAAACAAGUGAGUCCCCAAAGAUCAAACAUCUAAUAAUUAGGAAAUAGUAAGAAGACAUAAGUCACCUCAAGUCAAGAGAAUUGGUUCUCAGCAUAUCUCAAAAGGCAGCACUGGGCCCCACUGCCCUGGGAAUGGCUGCUGGCAGUCCUCGAGUCUUCCCUGAGUCUCUGGGUUAGAACAGGAGCCAUCCAUGUCCAGCUGGUGCCACAGGGACUCUGGAGCCACCAGGCAUUGUCAGCUGCCACCACUCCCAGCCUUCACUUCGCUGCUCCUCCUUUGCUGCAUGCACUCAGCAAUAGGUGCUGGUGGCAGGAGGGAAGCAUCAGCACCCCAGCAUCCCCCCAGCUUCUCAGAGCUUCCCCCCAGCCCUUCUCCAUCACUGGACCGUGGUGACCUCCUCAGCACUGCUGCCGGCAGGGACUAGAGCCUGAGGAGGGAGAUUGAUGGCACUGGCAGCGCCCCUCUCCCAGGGGAUGCCACAGGCAGACCUACCAGGGACAGGAAUGGGCCUUGAAAGGGGCUGAUCCCCUCAGGACUUGUCUUCUUCAAGGUGGGGCUUCCCACCUCUCAGAUUUGCUCCACACAAAGUCAGUAACCUCUUCGUGUCCUCAUGGGAUCCGUCCCAUCCCGUUCCCAUCACCGGAGUGGCUGCCACAAGUUGCCUGGACGUGGCUGCGGGAGCUGGAUGCGGCAGUGGGAAGGGCUCUGCACAAUCCCUUCUUCGCUGAGAGGUGUCCUCAGCCCCCUUGGAGGUGCCACCUUCUCCUUGCUCAUCUCCAGGAUCCAGAGCACUCCCUGGCCGUGGGCUCUGGACAGCUGGACAUGGUUGGCCAGGAGGUCUCCCUGCUCCAUCAGCCUUGCUUUUUGCUUCUUGAAAGCGUUUGUCAUUAACCCGUAACCCUCUCCUUAGAGAAAUGAGGAUAAUGAGCAGCUCCAUUUAAUAGCAAAAGAGGCUUUUAUGUGUGAUCAUUUUUCCAGUUCUUUGCAGAGUGGUGACACCCAAGCGUGUCCCCCGUCACUCAUUCUGAGCUGACACCUCCUGGCCUGGCGAGGGGGUUGCUUUUCCAACCCCCUAUUUUGUACAGGGAUGCUGCCCCACACUCCUGAGCACAAAAAGAGCUGCAAAGCUUUGACUCUCUUGCAGAUAAACCUGAAAGUCCUGCCUUCCACUCUGACCCUAUUUCAUUGCAUGGCAGGGGGAAAGAUUUUAUUCUCUGCAAAUGAAGGGGAAAACAGCGCAGUAAAUUUUAAGUGUAUCUUAAAAAAUGGGUUGCACAGGGGAGCCCAGAGCUCCUCUGCUCUUUCACGUUCACCUCAUACCCUUGCUGGGGAGCCAUGAGCAGCUGUGCCCAAGUCUCACUGAAUUCUUAUCUUCAGCUUUGUGCUUUGGGCAGUCUGGGGAUGAGGGAGCAGCACAAGGUGUAGCAGUAAACCAGUGAAAUUUCCUUGUGUCAGAACUGCACUUGCACAGAGCCACCGAGCACUGCAAUAUUCUAUCUGUGUGUAUCCACCCCUGGUACCUGCUUGUAAAACUCUUGCCCACACAUUACCCUCCCCCAUGUGGGACUGACUGACUGUACAUGUGCCUUCACCCUUUUUCAUGGUUUGGCAUCUUUUUUUAACACAGUUACAGAACUUGAAAAAAAUCACUGAACUGCAGUUACAAGUCCUAUGCAAGAGGUGACCAGGGAGUCAGUUUUCAGUAUUUCUGUGUUUCUGUGUCAUUUUCAAAGUCACUGUGGGGUUUUUCAGAGAACCCCGACAGAAUGAAUGCCCCAAAAAGCGCUUUUUUUUCUUUUUUUUUUUUUUUUUUGUUUUUUUUUUUUUUUUUUUUUUUUUUUUU